CUAGGCAUGCAGACUGCUUCUACAAACAUUUGUGAAAGAAUGGGUCGCUCUCAGGAGCUCAGUGAAUUCAAGUUUGGUACCGUGAUAGGUUGCCACCUGUACAAUUGUGAAAUUUCCUUGCUACUAAAUAUUCCACAGUCAACUGUUAGUGGUAUUAUAACAAAGUGGAAGCGUCUGGGAACAACAGCAACUCAGCCACAAAUGGACUCUAGAGCAGUGGAGAUGUGUUCUCUGGAAUGACGAAUCACACUUCUCUGUCUGGAAAUCCAAUGGACGUGUCUGGGUUUGAUGGUUUCCAGGAGAAUGAUACUUGCCUGACUGCAUUGUGCCAAGUGUAA